GAGCGCGCGCGGGGCCGGGCCGGGCCGCCGGGCCUGUGCCGCUGCCGCGCCGACCAUGUCGGCGGCCAAGGAGAACCCGUGCAGGAAAUUCCAGGCCAACAUCUUCAACAAGAGCAAGUGUCAGAACUGCUUUAAGCCCCGCGAAUCGCAUCUCCUCAACGACGAGGACUUGACGCAGGCAAAACCUAUUUAUGGUGGCUGGCUGCUCCUGGCUCCCGAUGGGACUGACUUUGACAACCCAGUGCAUCGGUCUCGGAAAUGGCAGCGGCGGUUCUUCAUCCUCUACGAGCACGGCCUCUUGCGCUACGCCCUGGAUGAGAUGCCCACAACCCUGCCUCAGGGCACCAUCAACAUGAACCAGUGCACAGACGUGGUGGAUGGGGAGGGCCGGACAGGUCAGAAGUUCUCCUUGUGCAUUCUGACCCCUGAGAAGGAACAUUUCAUCCGGGCGGAAACCAAGGAGAUCAUCAGCGGAUGGCUAGAGAUGCUCAUGGUCUAUCCCAGGACCAAUAAGCAGAACCAAAAGAAGAAGCGGAAGGUGGAGCCUCCCACACCACAGGAACCAGGGCCAGCCAAGGUAGCUGUCACUAGCAGCAGCAGUAGCAGCAGUAUUCCCAGUGCUGAGAAGGUCCCCACCACCAAGUCUACACUCUGGCAGGAAGAAAUGAGGGCCAAGGACCAGCCUGAUGGGAGCAGCCUCAGUCCCGCUCAGAGUCCCAGCCCGAGCCAGCCUCCUGCUGCCAGCACCCUGAGGGAACCUGGGCUGGAGAGCAAAGAUGAGGAGAGCACCAUGAGCAGCGACCGCAUGGAUUGUGGCCGCAAAGUCCGGGUAGAGAGCGGCUACUUCUCCCUGGAGAAGACCAAGCAGGACUUGAAGGCCGAAGAGCAGCAGCUGCCCCCGCCGCUCUCCCCUCCCAGCCCCAGCACCCCCAACAACAGGUAUAGUGGCCCCGGACCGCCCUCCCAGGAGCUUGGUCAUCCUCUUCCUUCCCCAGGUUCUCGAACCCCCAGCCGAAUGGUCUGCAGCAGCUCUCUUGGCUCCCUGGACGUGGCCAGCCGGCCCCCCAUCCACAUGGACUCCGACAGCGCUGGGGGGCGGGGAACAGAGAGACCGGGGCGCACCUUUGCCUUUAAAGCCAGCAGGCAGUAUGCCGCCCUGGCCGACGUCCCUAAGGCCGUCAGGAUCAGCCACCGAGAAGCCUUCCAGGUGGAGAGAAGGCGGCUGGAGCGUAGGACUCGGGCCCGGAGCCCUGGCAGGGAAGAGGUGGCCCGUCUGUUUGGCAACGAGAGGAGGAGGUCCCAGGUCAUUGAGAAGUUUGAGGCGUUGGACAUUGAGAAGGCAGAGCACAUGGAGACGAACUCGUCAGCCGGGCCCUCACCAUCAAGUGACACACGCCAGGGUCGCAGUGAAAAGAGGGCAUUUCCCCGGAAACGGGACCUCCCCAGCGAAGCCCCCACAGCGCCUCUCCCGGACACCUCGGCCUCCCCCCUGUCUCCACACCGAAGAGCCAAGUCACUGGACAGGAGGUCCACGGAGUCCUCCCUGACGCCCGACCUGCUGAAUUUCAAGAAAGGCUGGCUGACCAAGCAGUACGAGGACGGCCAGUGGAAGAAACACUGGUUUGUCCUCGCUGAUCAAAGUCUGAGAUACUACAGGGACUCGGCAGCUGAGGAGGCGGCUGAUUUGGACGGGGAAAUUGACUUGUCUACAUGUUACGACGUCACCGAGUAUCCAGUCCAGAGAAACUAUGGCUUCCAGAUACAUACGAAGGAGGGCGAAUUCACUCUCUCUGCCAUGACAUCUGGAAUUCGGCGGAAUUGGAUCCAGACCAUCAUGAAGCAUGUCCAUCCAACCUCUGCCCCAGACGUCACGAGCUCACUGCCAGAGGAAAAGAACCGGAGCAGCUCCUCCUUUGAGACCUGCCUGAGGCCGAGUGAGAAGCCUGAGGGAGAGCGUGGAGAGCCAGACCCCGAGCAGAAGAGGAGCCGGGCUAGGGAGCGGAGGCGGGAGGGCCGCUCUAAGACCUUUGACUGGGCUGAGUUCCGCCCUAUCCAGCAGGCCCUGGCUCAGGAGAGGGCCAGUGCCACCGGGGCUUCUGACGCCCACCCCGAGGCUGAGGCCGGCGAGCUGGAGCGGGAGCGAGCACGGCGGCGGGAAGAGCGCCGUAAGCGCUUCGGGAUGCUUGAUGCUACAGACGGACCGGCGGCAGACGACAUGGCCCUGCGGAUGGAGGUUGACCGCAGCCCAGGGCUGCCUGUGACCGCUGACCUCAAGACACAGAACGUCCACGUGGAGAUCGAGCAGCGGUGGCAUCAGGUUGAGACCACUCCUCUCCGGGAAGAAAAGCAGGUGCCCAUUGCCCCCCUGCACCUGUCCUCCUCCGAGGAUGGAAGUGACCGGCUUUCCACUCACGAGCUGACCUCUCUGCUGGAGAAGGAGUUGGAGCAGAGCCAGAAGGAGGCCUCCGACCUUCUGGAACAGAACCGGCUCCUGCAGGACCAGCUGAGGGUGGCUCUGGGCCGGGAGCAGAGCGCCCGGGAGGGCUACGUGCUGCAGACUGAAGUGGCCACCUCCCCAUCCGGUGCCUGGCAGAGGCUCCAUAGAGUCAACCAGGAUCUGCAAAGCGAGCUGGAGGCCCAGUGCCAGCGCCAGGAGCUGGUCACGCAGCAGAUCCAGUCCCUGAAGCGCAGCUAUGGGGAGGCCAAGGACGCGAUCCGGCACCAUGAGGCCGAGAUCCGGAGCCUCCAGGCGAGGCUCAGCAAUGCCGCCGCCGAGCUCGCCAUCAAGGAGCAGGCGCUGGCCAAGCUCAAGGGUGACCUGAAACUGGAGAAGGACAAGGUCCGGGAGCAGCUGGAGGAAUGGCAGCACAGCGAGGCCGCACUAAGCGGGCAGCUGCAGGCCAGCGAGCAGAAGCUCAAGAGCGCUGAGGCCCUGCUGCUGGAAAAGACGCAGGAGCUGCGGGACCUGGAGACGCAGCAGGCGCUACAGAGGGACCGGCAGAAGGAGGUGCAGAGGCUGCAGGAGCGCAUCGCCGACCUCAGCCAGCAGCUCGGCGCCAGCGAGCAGGCCCAGAGGCUGAUGGAGGAGAAGCUGCAGAGGAACUACGAGCUGCUGCUGGAGAGCUGCGAGAAGGAGAAGCAGGUGCUGCUGCAAAACCUGAAGGAGGUGGAGGACAAGGCCAGCGCCUAUGAGGACCAGCUCCAGGACCACGAGCAGCAGAUGGAGGUCCUCCAGAAGGAGAAGCUGAGCGCCAAGUGUGAGGGCAGCGAGGUGGUCCACCAGCUGGAGGAGCAGCUGGAGAUGAAGGAGGCUAGCAUCCAAAAGCUGGCCGAGCACGUCCAGAGCCUCAGAGAUGAGCGGGACCUGAUAAGGCAGCGGUUCCAAGAGCUGAUGGAUCGUGUCACCCUGUCUGACGGGGACAUGGCCGAGCUUCAGGAGAAGCUGAGGGGAAGGGAGGCUGACUACCAGAGCCUGGAGCACUCCUAUAGGAGGGUGGCCGGCCAGCUCCAGAGCAUGCACACGCUGCUGAAGGAAAAGGAGGAAGAGCUAAAGUGCAUCAAGGAGAUGCAUGAGAAGGUUCUGGAAAAGAAAGAUCAGGACCUCAAUGAGGCUUUGGUUAAAAUGGUUGCCUUGGGGAACAGCUUAGAGGAAACAGAAAUGAAGCUCCAGGCAAAGGAAGAAAUUUUAAGGAGAUUUGUAAAGGAGUCUUCAGAUGACGUGGAGGGGCCACGGAGCUGCCCAGAAGAGGCAGAGGACGGCACCGUGCUGUCGGGCCUGCAGCUCCAAGCUGCUGGCACAGCCCCGGCCUUCCCACAUCCCAGGCUCGAGGAUGAGGCCCCAGGGGUGGCCCUAGGGGAGGAGUGUGGCAGUGGCAGCCCCCAGAGAGAAGAGAGCAUGGGCUCUCUGAAGUCGGAGGUGCCGGACAGGGAGGGACACCCUCCAAGCACAGCAAAACCUGACCAGGGAGUUCCUGGUGUCAAAAGGCAAAGGAUCCGGUUCUCCACGAUUCAGUGCCAAAAAUACACGCAUCCUGAUGGGUCCGAGAAGACCUGGACCAGCAGCACGUCCUCUGACACCAGCCAGGACCGCUCGCCCUCAGAGGAGAGCAUGUCGUCAGAGGCCACCCCCAGCUCUCUCCCUGCAACCAGCGACUCCGACACGUAUCUCUCCAUAAUACACUCCCUGGAGACCAAGCUCUACAUCACGGAGGAGAAGCUCAAGGAUGUAACAGUGAAGCUGGAGAGUCAGCAGGGCCAGAGCCAAGAGGCCCUGCUUGCACUGCACCAGCAGUGGGCCGGCACCGAGGCGCGGCUCCGCGAGCAGCUCCGCGCCAGCCUGCUGCAGGUCGGAGCGCUGGCCUCCCAGCUGGAACAGGAGAGACAGCUGAGGGCCCAGCUCGUUGAUAGUCACGUCGGGGAGCUCGGUGACUUCCAGGUGAAAAACAGCCAGGCUCUAGCUUGCUUAGAAAACUGCCGAGAACAGCUGCGAUCCCUGCCAGCGGCCAGCCCAGAGGAUGCGCAGGACGUGGGCGCGGGCCCCCUGGCCAGCGUUGAGGGUGCACUCAUCAGCGCUAUCCAGGCCCCGAGCCCCUGGCCAGCUCCUGUGGACAGCACGGCCCAGGCCCAGCCAGAGGAAGCUCAUUUCGUGGAGCUAGGGAAGGCGAUCUCGCAGCCGCUGCUCCGGCCCGAACUGACGGAGCAGGAGCAGCUGAAGCUCCUUUCCCAUCAGAUAGCUCUGGAAGCCUCACUGAUAAACCAAAUAGCGGACUCCUUAAAAAACACAACAUCAGAUAUCUCACGCGUUCUGCACGAGAUUUCUCAGUCGGGAAAGUGGCCUGUGGAACCUGAAAGUGCUGCUCUCUGCUCUAGGGCCCCAGCGGACACCUGGGCUAAGAAGGUGCUGGUAGAUGGCGAAUUCUGGAGCCAGGUCGAGUCCCUGAGUAAGCACCUGGGAACGCUGGGCGGAGAGGCUGCCGGCACAGCGGGAGGCGGGCAGCAGAGCGUCCCACCAGCUCUGGUCCCCGCCCUGGCCGAUGCCACAUGGGUCAGGGCAGAGCUCAGCUUCGCGCUGCAGUCAGUGAGGGAGUCCUUCCACCGACGGUUGCAGAGCAUCCAGGAGACCCUCCAGGGCACCCAAGUGGCCCUGCGGCAGCACAAGCGCAUUCUAGGGGACAUCCUGGGAGCCUACCGGACCCCCGACUUUGAGAGAGUGAUGGAGCAGGUCUCAGAAGCCCUCAAGCUUCCUGCGGGCAUUGAAGGAGGCAUGCAGGCAUCCUGGGACCCGAGCCCAUUAGGAGAAGUACUGACACCUCAGGAAGCCGCCAGCUCCCGGGAGCCCUUCUACAUGUCCGAUCAGAGCUCUGGAGCCCUUGUUGCUAUUCAGGAAGAACUCGCCCUGCAGCUCAAAGAUAAGGCCAGCCUCUUGGGGGAGAUAUCUGCCGCUUUAACCUCACUUCCCCCAGUGGAGUCGGUCAGAGAUUGUCAGAAGCUUCUCCAGGCGUCCCAGAAUCUCUCCUAUAACACUUACCUGGGAGGCCUUGGUCAGUAUUCUUCAUUAUUAGUUCAGGAUGCAAUUAUUCAGGCACAGGUAUGUUACGCAGCCUGCAAAAUCCGGCUGGAGUAUGAAAAGGAGCUCCAGUGCUACAAGGAGUCCUGGCAGGGCACGGGGGCCUCCUGUCAGGAGCACGAGCAAGCCAUCGGGGCCCUGAGGGAGGAGUACGAGGACCUUCUCCGGAAGCAGAAGAGCGAGUACCUGGAAGUGAUUGCCAUUGUUGAGAGGGAAAAUGCCGAGCUCAAGGCUAAGGUCACCCAGCUGGGCCAUCAGCAGAGGCGUCUGGAAGAAGUGGAAAGCAAGCACAGUGAGAAUAUGUUCGCCCUGCAGGGGAGGUAUGAGGAAGAGAUCAGGUGUGUGGUGGAGCAGCUGAACCGAGCAGGGGACACGCUGCAGGCGGAGCACAGCAGGGUCCUGAGCCAGCUGGAUGCCUCGGUCAGAGACCGGCAGGACAUGGAGCGACACCACGUGGAGCAGAUGCAGAGCCUGGAGGACAAGUUCCAGCUCAAGAUCAAAGAGCUGCAGACCAUCCACGAGGAGGAGCUGCGGACCUUGCAGGAGCACUACUCACAAAGCUUGCGGGGUCUGCAGGAGGCCCUGCGCCACUACCAGCGCCAGCUGCCCGAAGCCCCACCAGCCCCCGGGCCCCUGGGCAGCCCCCACCAGUGCCCCUCCUCCAGCUGGCCGGCCAGCCCGCCCCGGGGAGCUCUGCAGGCCACCAAGGGAGAGGCCGACUCCAUGACGGGGCUGAGGGAGCGUAUCCAGGAGCUGGAGGCUCAGAUGGACAUCAUGCGGGAGGAGCUGGAGCACAAGGACCUGGAGGGCGAUGCGGCCAUGCUGCGGGAGAAGUACCAGAAGGACUUUGAGAACCUUAAGGCCACGUGCGAGCGAGGGUUUGCAGCCAUGGAAGAAACGCACCAGAAGAAGAUUGAGGACCUGCAGAGGCAGCACCAGCGGGAGCUGGAAAAGCUUCGAGAGGAGAAGGAUCGUCUCCUAGCCGAGGAGACGGCAGCCACUAUCUCAGCCAUUGAAGCCAUGAAGAAUGCCCACCGGGAGGAGAUGGAGCGCGAGUUGGAGAAGAGCCAGAGGUCCCAGAUCAGCAGCAUCAACUCCGACAUCGAGGCCCUACGACGACAGUACCUGGAGGAGUUGCAAUCAGUGCAGCGGGAGCUGGAGGUCCUUUCGGAGCAGUACUCCCAGAAGUGCCUGGAGAACGCCCACCUGGCCCAGGCGCUGGAGGCCGAGCGCCAGGCCCUGCGGCAGUGCCAGCGUGAGAACCAGGAGCUCAACGCCCACAAUCAGGAGCUGAACAACCGCCUGGCUGCGGAGAUCGCACGGUUACGGACGCUGCUGACCGGGGACGCGGGCGGAGAGGCUGCUGGCUCCCCGCUCACACAGGGCAAGGAUGCCUAUGAGUUAGAGGUCUUACUGCGGGUCAAGGAGUCAGAAAUACAGUACCUGAAGCAGGAGAUCAGCUCUCUCAAGGAUGAGCUACAGACGGCAUUGCGGGACAAGAAGUAUGCUAGUGACAAGUACAAGGACAUCUACACAGAGCUCAGUAUUGUGAGGGCAAAGGCCGACUGUGAUAUCAGCAGGUUGAAAGAGCAGCUGAAAGCAGCAACGGAAGCACUGGGUGAAAAAUCCCCGGAAAACACCCCCGUGUCAGGAUACGAUAUAAUGAAAUCUAAAAGCAACCCUGACUUCUUAAAGAAAGACAGAUCCUGUGUCAGCCGGCAACUCCGAAACAUCAGAUCCAAGAGUCUGAAGGAAGGCCUGACGGUGCAAGAACGCUUGAAGCUCUUUGAAUCCAGGGACUUGAAGAAAGACUAGCCGCGUCCCGUUCCACUUGAACACACACCCCUCCCAGCCUGCGGCAGCACUACCCAAGCGCUGCUUUUUGUCUGUACCUUUAUUUUUUAUUAUUAUUAUUAUUGUUGUUAUGUUGUCAUCAUUAACUGUGGGUAUGGAUGCAUGAGAGACUGGUCCAUGGGUUGUUCACACCGUUCCCUGCUGUGUUGAUUCCAGCUUCCUACGUCUUUGUCAAAGCUUUUUUUCCAUGGUAUUCUCAAACUAGCCAAGCAGCGGGGGCCAGGAGGGCCGUCCGCUCCCGGCCAGGGUCUGCGCAGAGCCCCCGCCCGCCGCUGUCCACCGCACUCACUGUCAGUAUUAAGGCCCAGCAGCCUGUCGAUAAGCUAGCUCGUUCCGCCGGGUGCAGGGUGCGGAGUCGGCGAGGGCGGCUCUCGCCGGGCUGUGUGUGGGCCCCACAGGGAGAGAGCAGGGCAUCAGGUGGCCGCGCCAACCACUCGCGUGCCUUGGGGAGGAGCUGGAGGAGCAGGUGGGGGGCGUGGCCCGGAACCUGCAAUUCACUGCCUCUGGCUUGGGAGGACAGCACUUUGUACUCGUCCCACUACUUCAGCUUAGAGCCACACCCCAGGUCAUCGUGGGGAACCUUUCACGACCUGGAAAAUGUCGAAAGCAGCCAUUCCUAUUUUUGUUUGUUUUUUAUUAAAUCUUGCACAAAAUCCCGUCCCCUCUCAUUCCUUCCUACGCUCGUUGCUUUCUUGGUCACUGGCAGCCCUGCUCUCUCCGUAAAGACUUGGGAGUGUUGCCCUGCGGCCCCAGGGUUUCAGACGGAGCUUGCAAACAGUGAUGAACUCAGUCCUUGAGGGGGAAGCCUGCUCAGGUGCUGAGCCUUUCUGAAAGAAACCUCCACGUUGCUUUUGAGAAGGUUGAGUGAAGACCCCUAUGUUAAGUCAAGAAGAAAGUAGAGAGGAUGUUGGAAUCAGAUAAAAACUGCCCUUAUUACCUGUUUUUAACUCUAACCUGAGCUCUGAAAAGUUCUCUUGCAGCAUUCAGAGAGCCCAGAGUAAACGUAAACCAAGAGACUUGCUUUUUCUACUAGUUGGAGUGAGACCUUGGAACUGUCAGGAAAUGCUACAGUGGUUCUCAGGAGUCUCCUGCCCCGGGAUUUCCGUCACGGCCCCAGGAAGACCAGCAAUCUUGUUAAGACAAGAGCCCAGGCAAACGGCAGCAGUGCCGAGGCCUUCAGGGUGGGCAAGAAGCAUCUGCAGAGUGAGCGGGGGUCCUAUUCUGGUCUCGCUGUGUCAGCGCUUCUGUUAGGUCUGCGGGCCCUGGAAAAGGCACUGUGCCCUAUCUCUAGAUUCAGUUAAGGCCAGGGUCACCCAGGAAAGCCCUGGCAGGGCCUGGGGCAUGCCCUCUUCUCACUGGAAUAAUCUCUGAGCUCUCCCUGGCACCGAGCCUUUCCCUCAGCAGCUUCCAGCUUCCACACCUGUCACUCCUUGGCUGCUUUUCUCCCAUGUUUUCAAAAGCAAGAGAAUAUUAGGUCUGGUUUUUUCAUUCUGCUGCUCAGACAUUGCUCCCUGCACCACCCCCCUGGAGAUUGGUGGUACUUUUAGAAAGGACCAUGAUUUUGUGUGUGUGCCUCUCAGAAUGGGAGCAUAGGGAAGGGAUGCUCAGCCCCGGGGCCCAUUCCCCAAAAUGCUGUAUAAUGUGUGUGUUCUCGCAGCAGAACAGACAGACAGGUGUGCUGCCCCACAGGAUCUGAUGGGACAGGGGCUGCGUCGGCUGGCCUCUCUGCCGGCUCCUGCUGCCCUGGGUACUCUGCUCUCCUCCAAGCAGCCCCGUCCCUGCCUCCGGCCCUCCCACCUUCCUGGCAGGGUCACUGUGCCGAGUCAGCCUGUGGCUACAGCGCUCUGACCAGGUCAGAGAGCGCCAUAUGCGCUCAUCUUCAUCCUUUCCUCUCGGGGUUCACCCUCCAAAUUCUGGGAACAUGAGUGCAGCAUGUGGAGGUCAAAGGCAGAGACAGGGAAACCCUCCUUUCACCGCAGCCUCUGAAGGCUCCUCCUCCUCGCCCCAGAGACAAGAAGUUACAGUCCUGGGGCUGCUACCCUCUGGAGGUUACCAGGAAGCGGUCUAGAAAUGGGGGUACUCUGGCUCCUCUCCAACAAGAGGCUGCUCCCGCCACAGCCUCCAGAAGAAGCCCCGAGCCGAGCCUGGUCUUGCCGAGCGUCGCACAGUGACCAUGGCUGUCGGACUAAGACCUGGGACAAGCUGCCUGCUGAGGGGCCUAUCUUCUGUCUGGAGGGAGCAGGCAGAACAGAACAAAGAGGGGUUUCAGUGAGCACCUGUGUGUCGCACCCCAGUCCCCACUCCGCCCUGCAGACCCCCAAGUCCCCCAGGAAGAAUUUAGCCACCAGGUUCCAGAGAAAACAGUACAGUUGAGGAGGUGGAGUUGGUUUCUGUGCUGGUGGAGGAGGGUCCUUUGGGGGCUGCAGAUGGGGUCAUGUGAGUGAUUGUCAGGGGCACUCCCACUGCCCCUGGGGUGGUCCUCACAGCGGGAGUGUCCCCCUGCCCUGGGGGCAGGGGGGGUGACAUGAGAAUAGGGAUUGAGUCUGUGCAGUCAUGUUUUCUUUCCUGGUCACUGGCUCAUCUAUAACCUGCUGGCCCCUGCAAGUCAGCCCUGCCAGACACACGCAGGGGGAGACUGCUCCGCUGCACAGCUCUCAGGAAGGCAGACAGAUGUUUCCGUGCGCACACGGACGCACACGGGGCCAUGCCCUGCUGCUCGGGCUCCUUCGGCGGCGCCGGUCCGGGGGUGAGAGCCAGCCUUCCAGGCCCAGUGGCUGUCUGUGGCCCCUGUCGGCACCAUGGCAGUGGCUACGGGAGGUGGCAGACGGAGCACGCCGCCCUUGGAAAUGGAGGCUUGUGCCAUUAGGCAUCAAAAUGGGUCGGAAUUUGAGGGAGGAAGCCGGGGCCGUCCUGGGGCAACAGGUGGAGGCCACAGUGGGGAUGUAUGCUUUGUCAGGAGCCCAGACCAGAGGCCUCUCCCUGGGACUCCAGCAAGUAGAGAGGCCGAGGACAAGGGAAGUCUGUCACCCGCUCACUGGCUAACAGUGAGCCGGUAGGGUCUCAGGAGGGCAAGGCUGGGAAAGGGGGAAUUGCGGUGUGUAACAGAACUGUGACCCUCCAAGUCUGCCUGAAGGGGAGGCUGACAGAUGAGGCCAGGAGACAAAUCCGAUGGCACAAGAAGAACCUCUUUAGAGAUCUCGUUAAUACUCUGGAACACUGACUGCUGGCCUGAGGAUGGAACGUGACCCCUUUUGUCACUGCUGCCUGGUGCUCCCCUUGGCAAGUCUGUUUUUCAGCUCAUCCCGGGCCUGAGGCAGCGCAUGAGGCUGCCCCCGCUGGGCCUGUGGCUCAGGGCCUACCCCUGGACCCCCUCUCCGUGGCCAUAAAAUGACAGCUGUACAGGGCCCCACGUGCUUGCUGGCUAACCCCCCAGGGCUGUUCCCCACUCCCCUGAGCCAGCCGGCAGGGAACUUCUCCAGAAGGUUCCUCCCUCUUACCCAUGCUGGGAACUUCCCCGGCUCCUGGCUCCUUGGGCUGCCUCAGGCUGCAGGCUCCGGGCGGGGACAGCUCUCCUCUCCCCUCCUCAGUACCCACUAGCCAGCUUCAUGGCUGACCUCACGCCCGAGUUCAGAGGCGGUUCUCCAGGGACUCAAAGCCAUUUUCAGUUAGAGUGGAAGGACUGUAAGCCAUCAGCCCGUGCUCCUAAUGUAAGAGGAUUCCUGGAAGGAAGUUUCCUCCUCAUUGUUCUAAAGAAGCUUGGAAUUUUUAACACUUUCCAUUCUAGACACAAUUUUAGAAAGCCAGAAAACUAAAACCGAAUUCAGUGCCCUCCCCCCACCCCCCACCCCCACCCCCUGCUUUUAUCACCAAGAAAGCCUGGAUUGGUGGGUAUUUUCAGAGGUUCACAAAGGACAGGGAAGUAUGUACAGUAUUCCACUUAGCAGGAAUUAGAUACUGAAAAGAAAACAGCUUGGCAUGCUCACCGGAAGCUUCAGCUGUCCAGAAGCUUCAGUCGUGUGGAAUCCCUCCCACCUGAACACACCAAAACUGCGCCAUGGCUGUGUUUUCUGUUAGGCGUCUGCUGGGUCACUGGGUCUGAACCUCUGUCCCGGCGCCCGGCCCCACAGCCCCGCCCUUCCCACCAGCUGGGAAACCGGCUGGUGCAAAGGCUUCUGAAAGUUCCAGUGUUGGCACACUGCUCUCUUCCUCUUCCAUCUUGGGCCCCUCUGCCUCGGGUCCCUGUUGAGAGAGGAGGCCCUAGGCAUCCAGCUAGCCCACCAGCGACUGGGAAGGAGCACUAGUGGGUCUGCCACACGCUUCCCACCUGGGACUUUCUCCGGCCUUUCCCUACCACCAGAUCCCUAAAAGGUGUGUGCUUAGACGUUGCACGUCUGAUCCUAGGAAAGGUCUUUUUACCUACCUGAGAUCGGGCCAAAAGCUAAAGUCCUUGAGUGUUCUCAGCACCGAGUAGGACACUGGCCACGUCCCUUCUUCUGUGGCCACGUCCGCCCGGUCCUCAGAGUGCUGUUAGGACGUGGGGCCCGUUGAAGCUGGGAACGGUGUGCUCUGGUCACAAGCCCAGAUGCACUCUUAGCCAGCUCAUGCUUUCCUCAGUUGAAGACUGAAGCUGAGAAUCCCGCUGCAGUGAGUCUGGUGAAACCACUGCUUUGGGAUCCUUUGCUAGGAAGCCAUGACCCACACGCAGAGUGGAAACGAACAGUAUCGCUGUUUCCCAAGGGGUCUGCUGGGAGAGACCCCGCCUCAUUCUUGUGCCCUUUGGAGAACGAGUUGCAAGUAUUCUUGGUUCUUUGUAAAGGGAAGAGGGCUCCCGUCUCCGAGUGUUUCAGCAGAGUAGGAGGAAUCCAUCAGCCCCCCACCCCCAGUGUAGGGAGCCAGGACAGCCGCUCAGAUGCAGCCCAGGCCCUUGUCCUCUCCGUGUCUACAUGGGCUUUGGGAAGAGAAGCCGCUGUGCGCUCUGUGUGGACGCCAGCCUCUCUGUAUUGACAAGCAGCUGUGUUUAUUUUGUUUAAAAUAACCUGUAUAUUAUCCAGAGUGAGCAGUGUAAAUAUUACUCGGAAGUUACCGCAGGGGUUUUUGUGUGUGUGACAAAGUUUGUGUGGGUUUAAAAAAAUAAAAUCCUAUGCAGACCUCCCUUUGUAAGCUAGGGCGGAUGGCUUUGAGUACAACCUUGAACUCCACCCAACAUAUAAGGAAAUGUUUUCAUGACUGAUAUAUCUUUUUAAAAGCUGUGGCCACUUCACGGGGGGGUUGUAAAGAGCAUAUGACUGUCUCUGGGAUGACAGCAGGCCUGCCUCCGUGCCUGCUGGCCGUGCAAGAACGCCGCGAUGCUCACUGCCAGAGCACUCCGAGCCCUGCAGGGAGAGCAGCGUGGGGAAGAACCUGGUGGGGCCAUCUUCCCCGCCCGGGCCAGGCUCGUGGACAUCCUGGAGGGAGACGUCAUUUCGAGCACAGUUGUGGCAGGACUGGCCUGAAUGGGUGACCUGGGAACUCUUGCCGGUCUGGGCAUCUGCAUCUCCUCAGCUCCUAGGUUCUGUGGUGGGACGGCGUCAAAGCACAAACCUGGCCACGCUGUCACUUUACUGCAGGCAUCCGUGGCCAUGUAUGGUCACAGCAUCUGAGAACUGGAUCAUCUGGUACUCAGGCUGAGCCAGGAGGGCGUGCAGGGGGAGGCACACAGUCCGUGGCGGCCAGUCGGGGGUAGACUUCCCAGGACACAGUUGGAACACCGCAAAGGAGCGGAGUUCUGGAAAGGCAGUGGUCACCAGCACAGUGCACCUGUCCCCCUGUCACUUGUCCCAGGCCUCUGUCUUUGCCCUUUGCACUAGUAACAUACAUUGCAAUUUUGUUUCAUAGCAAGCUAGGAAUAGGUCAUAUAAAGAACACUAAAGUCAUUAUUGUGUCACAUUUCUAUCACAAAACCAAUUAAAGUGGAUUUUAGGAUUUACCUUUAGUAUUAACGACUUAUCUACUGAUUGAUUGUUAGGACUUAAAACCAGUUAAGUGAUAAGAAUUCAUGUGGUUUUCCUAAGUAAUAUUUAUAAAAUGUAAAGUUUCUAAGUGACUCCUCAACAACUGUAAUUCUUUAACUUUUCUCACUACUAGACUCUUCUAUUGGCGUGAAUGUCUCAGGUCAGCUGUUAGGGACGCGACGCAGAGCCGUGGGGGGAGCUGACACAGGGACAGAGUGGAGUGUGGGCACGCUGUUUUCUGCUGUGACGAGUCAGGACAUAAUCCACAGCGUUGGUUUCUGCCACAGCGAAUUUUUUCAGCCAUCGGGUGAUAUUCCAACCCAAAGCGUGUAUGAUUAUUCUAACGGGUGUUUAAUUUCUGUACUAACGCUAAAUGAUAUUGUUCACCAAACCCAAAGUGCCGUGCAGGGGUGCGCAGAGGCCCGGGGAGCGCGGGCGAGCCCUUCAUGCCGGCCUGCAGGUGCGGCAGGGCCCGGGGCUGGGGGGCAUCCGGUGGGCUGCGCCUUCCUCCCCAACAGAUGAGCCUGGCCAGCCGAGCCACCCGCCCUCUGGGACAAUUCAAGACGGUGAUGGUGUUGUUGCGGCUCUUUUUUUAAUUAACAGAGUUUCUGAACGACUGUUUGCUACAAUUUGAAGUGUUACUUUGUCAGAAUAUUUAUUCCUUUGUGUGACAUGCUAGAUUCCCACGGAUGUCGCUGAUCAUUUCUACUUUGUAAAUAUUACCUAACUUUACAUAAACUAUAUCAUAAUAAACUAUUUUUGCAUCACCCUU